CCACAAAGUAUCAUUUACAACAUUCCAUUACCUAAUCCAAAAUCCCAAACUCAGAAAUUUCUAGAAAACCACUUUUUUUUUUUCUCGAUCUGGCUAACUCUCAGGUUAAUACCGAAGACACUGAUUCCAGCAAUCAAAAGCUGGUUCUCACACUAUAUGACUCCCUAAACUCUCGAGACUCUGACACCGUGGUUCGAAUCCUCGCCCCUGAUCUCGAGUGGUGGUUUCACGGUCCACCCUCUCAUCAGUUUUUGAUGCGCACACUCACUGGCGAUACCACCGCCGUUGAUACCUUCCGUUUUGUUCCUCAGUCCGUCAUCUCUUUCGGCUCCACCGUUAUUGUUGAAGGCUGCGAUACCUCACGCGCUAUUUCCUGGGUUCACGCGCUGACUGUUGUGGAUGGGAUAGUCACUCAGGUUAGGGAGUAUUUCAACACUUCCCUUACCGUCACACACUUCGCCGGGAAAGACUCCGGUGAGAUUGUGCCGGCUAAUCCCGGUGGUUUUCAUUGUGUUUGGGAAAGUAGCGUUUCUGAUCGGGUCGGUAAAUCCGUACCCGGUUUGGUCCUCGCAAUAUAAAAUUAUUAAUAUUAAAAUAAAAUAAGUGUGCUGUUCACGUGGACGUGACUUUCGGUGUUUGUUUCCGUAGGAGAUGUGAGACCGCGUUGCUGUCGGUGUCGUGUUUAAUAUUGUGGUCUUUCUUUCUUUCUAUUUUGUUUGGUUGUUUAGUUUGAUUGCUUGUGUGGAACCAUUAUUAUUAUGGGUGUGUCUCUUUGGUUUGUAAUGUCGUAUUUGAAUGAUGAAAUAAUAAGAAGAUCUAUGAAUCUUUGUUUUACUA